UUCCUGCCAAGCACCGCGCAGCCGCCUCUGCGGCACAGCCCCGGGUGCAGGCCUCCGCGCUGGUGCGGAACCCGGGGCUCAGCCGCGCGCUCCCUGCCCACCCCGCGCCAUGCGUGCCGCGCCGCCGCCCGCGCCGCUCCUGCCUCUGCUGCUGCUCGCGCUCCUGGCCGCGCCCGCCGCCCGCGCCCGCACAGCCGAGUCCGCGCCAGCGCCGCAGCUCAAACCCGAGCGCGAGUCGCGGCCGCCACCUGGCCCGGGGCCCGGAAACUCCACCCGGACUGAGUCUGGGGCAGCGGGCGGUGGUGGAGGCAGCUCCAACAGCAGCGGGGACGCCUUGGUGACACGCAUCUCCACCCUGCUCCGCGACCUGCCUACCCUGAAGGCGGCGGUGAUCGUGGCUUGCGCCUUCAGCGCCCUCCUCAUCGGCUGCCUGCUGCUGCGCGUCUUCAGGUCUGGAAAGAGGCUAAAGAAGACCCGCAAGUAUGACAUCAUCACCACCCCAGCCGAGAGGGUGGAAAUGGCCCCGCUGAAUGAAGAGGACGAUGAGGAUGAGGACUCCACAGUGUUUGAUAUCAAAUACAGGUAAAACCUGCCUUCCAGCGUGUUGGCAUCCUGUGGAAAGUUGGCCAGCUGCAGCCUGGGGUGUGAAGGAUCUGGAAGCUCUCUCACAUCCGAGGUGUUGAAACCAAAACACACGUUAUUUAUACAACUCUGGCUCCAUGCUGCGUGUUGGACAUCUGGUCAGAAUGUCACCAUCAAGCUUGUUUCCAAAUCACUACAUGAGAGUCAUUUCUGUCCACCCUGGGGGUGCCCCUUUAAAGUGUCACCCUUUCUUCUUCCCCUGUUGACAGGUUUUCUUGUCUUGCUAAGCAGUGAAGGGUAGACACCUGUUGAUUUAAGACAAAAUGUUUUUAAUGCAACUGCUGACAGUAGUAAGAGAGAGCAGGAGGAACAAGAAUUUAAAAACGCCUGAAGGAUCUCCAGCCGUGCCUUUAAGGUUUCUGAAAUUCUUCCUCCUGGAUCUAUGUGUUAGAGCUCGUCUGUCCCCGUUAUGUCUUUUUAGCCUGGCUAGGUCCUCCUGGUCUUAUUUUGGUGAUGUCCGUGUUAAAGUUCAAAGUCGAAGUUCUCAGAGCUAGUCAGCCCCUUCCAGAACUGGACAAGGUAUGGAUCCUUUUCGUUCCUUUUUUUUUUUCCCCCUUUGUAAAGGGUUCAGCAGAAAUAGGCAUGGCUAGUUCACAAAGAAUUUCCA